GAAGAGUGUGGUUUAUCGCCGCGGCGAUCCGCGGCCAUGAGGGUUGGAGUACAUUUGCUGAAGAGAAUUCCCAUGGACUUUGAGCCCAGCGACAGUGUGGCCUUCGUGCGAUCCAAGAUCCAACGCCUUUUCCUGGAGCAGCUGCGCAAGCAGGGUGAAGAUGACCUCGAUGAGGUGGAUGUGACGCUUCUCUUCCAGGGGGAAGUCUUGGAGGACUCGCAAACCUUGGCGGAGGCCAACGUCACGGCGAAUGCCACGCUCUUCGUGCUCUCCCAGAGCUUAGCGGAGAUCCAUGGAAAGCACAGUGGCGUGUUCUCUGUGAGGAAGGCCUUUGAAGACCUGGCACAGAGCGGUCUCAGUGGUGCUGACGCCGAAGCGCAGGCACUGAAGAAUGCACCGCCCUUCAGUCUCUUUUGCAACAUCCAGGAGCUGGGAGAAUUGGGAGCUGGUUGGGUCCUCUUCUUUCACUUCGUACGCUUCUUGGGCAUUCUCUGCGUGGUGCUCUUUGCCCUGCAAUUGCCCAGCUACUUUGUUUUUCGCUCCUUUCCAGAGGAGGCGCUUGAGAGCUGGAGAAAUCACAGCCAUACCAAGAGGGACCACCCUAUCAGCUGGGACUACAUCACAGCUGGCAACACCGGGCCCCAUGGAAGCGACGCAUGCUGGUGCCGAGCCCGGCAGGGCUCGGCCAUGAUGUGCGAAAACACGGCCUGGGUUUUUGAUUCAAUUUUGAUCCACACAUAUCCACAAACCGAGAUUGUGAAAGGCGAAAAGAAUCUUCAAAUCGCAAGAGAUUGCGAAAAUCAACCUGGUGGAACUCUUGAUUACGCUUAG